UGCCGGCGGCCGGGCGGGUAGAUGUGUAUUACGCUUGUCGGUCUGUCGGUCCCCUGCAAAUUUAUCCCUUCUGUUCCCCACAUUUACUAGUUUCAAAGUAUAUGGCCUGCACGAAAACGGCACUACUUAUUCUUACUUGUUUCAUACUGGCCUCUGUCAUGGUUGCUCGGAUACAGGAGGCUAUUCACGUAGAAGAUGCAGACCCGUCAAAAUUCGCGUCUCGUUCCACGGACAGCGUUGUUCUUGAUGAUGGGUAUCACCGACUGAUGCAUUUCAUUCAGGUGACGGACACUCACCUUUCGGUCUUUGGUGAUGCAACUCGAGCCAGUGAACUCAAGGAAUUCAUUGUCGACACUGUUCUGGGUGUUAUCAAGCCGCCCAUCGUAGUUAUGACAGGUGACAUAACAGAUUCAGUUGGCUCUGGGUUCUUGCAAUCACAACAAAUUCAAGAAGAAUGGGAGCUGUACUCUAAAGCCAUCUCCGAUACAGGUGUCGCAAAGGAGCUCGUCUGGCUGGACAUGCGUGGGAACCAUGAUAACUUAAACUUGGCAGAUCCCAACAGCGAUAAAAAUUUCUACAGGCAUUACUCUGUUCAAGGGCCGAUUCAUCCUCACUCGUACCUGUACACCUACAAGGAUGGCGCUGAGUCCUAUACUUUUAUUGGCAUCGAUACAUGCACAGACCCAGGAGUGAAAAGACCAUUCAAUUUCAUAGGGUCUGUGAAUAAGGACAACUAUAAAUUGCUGCAGCAAAUGAAGGAGGACAGCCGAGGAAGCAACAUGACUAUCUGGUUUGGACAUCAUCCCACAUCAUCGGUUGAUUCUGCCUCACCUGGACUCCGAGUACUCAUGAGCGGUGAUGGGCCAUACCUGUGUGGACAUUAUCACACUAUUGGAGGCCUCUUCUGGCAUCUCUAUACAAUGCAUUCCACAGACUUUCUGGAACUGGAGUUGGCAGAUUGGAAACAUAACCGAAUGUACAGAGUAGCAGCCAUUGACCACGGUCUCUUCAGUUUUAUUGAUGUUCGUCACAACGAUUGGCCCGUAAUUUUGAUAACAAAUCCCAAGAAUGCUCUGCUAACCAUGCCAGGGGCUGAGCCAGUGUUCCGCAUCAGAAGUUCCUCCCACGUCAGGGUGCUUGUGUACUCACCAAAGGCAGUUGUGGGAGUUACCUACAGUAUUGACGGAGGAGACUGGAUCACACUCCGCAGGGUGGACAACAGCAGCCUGUGGGUGGCUCCUUGGCAGCCAGAGCUGUAUGAACAUGGGCUUCACAAUAUCGUGGUUCGUGCAAGCCACAACAGUGGGUUCAAAGAGCAGACGCAGCCCUUUUCGAUUGACGGAUCACGGCCGUCUUUCCCACUGGGGGCACGUUUCAUUCUUAUGCAACACAUCUAUAUGUUCCAAGGAAUAUUUGCAUUUAUGGUGUGCCUUGUUGUGCUUCCUCUGAUUUACCUCAAAAUAAUGCAAGUGACCGGCAAGGUGGGCCACCUGCCGUCAAGACAGUUCUUCUGUUCACGCCUGCUAUUGAAACUGAACCUUCUGGUGUCUAUAAACCGGUUAUUCUGGCCGGUCAUCUUGCUGCCCUUAUAUGCUUGUGGGGGGCCAUGGUUUGUUGGAGAGCUGGUGGAUGGUCACACAGGUGUGUGCUUCAUCUGGGGUCUCUACAUCAAUGGAUUUGUUGUUCCCAGUGGUUUCACCUAUGUAUUUGCGAGUCUUUUUAUGCUCAUCGGGUACCUCCCCUUUGUGCUGUCUCUGGCAUCUUUGCUGUGGCAACGGAGACAGAGCUGCCUGUAUGAUAAGCCCAGUGGCAGAACGUGCCCAGGAUGCUGCAUGAUUGUUGUCGUCGUGGCACAAACACUGUGGGCUGGCAUGUUUGUCCUGGCCUACGGCUACCUUGCCCUAGUGCUGGGGUUCCUCACCACCGGAGCCGUCCUUGUGACACUCUUUACCUGGCGGAAGGCAAUCAAUGUCUCGCAUCAUGAAUUAGUAGUAUUUGAGAAUCUUUUACCUCCCCGAUUGCAGUCAAAGGUCACUUUGCCAUCGAAACCUUCCACACAAGUGCAGGAGCCCAGCUGAUUUUGUUAAUUGUGGUAUACAGCAUAGGGAGACAUAAUUUUUUGCCUGAUAGAAAGCAGUGUGCAUAAAUCCCCUUGUACGAUUCA